GAUAAAAAGAAGAAAAGCAGGGUUUUUUGGAGUUGUUUAAAGUGACACGUUACGCGCAAGCGUGGCUGGUCGUCCUUUCGACAUUAGAUUUGGGAAGAUGGCCCCUCCGGCUGCACAGAAGAAGCCCGCAGAGGGCAAAAAGGAUGCGAAAAAAGUGGGAAAGCCGCGAAAUUACGAUUUGGGCAAUGGAGUUGUACGGUUCUCCAAGACGCGGAUGUUUCACAAAAAAGCUUUGUACAAAUUUAUAGGGAAAAAAACGGCCGCCGCCAAAAAACCAGCCAAACCCCGCGUUAUUGAGAAACCGAUAGGCGGAGAGAAAAAUGGGGGCAAACGUUACGUUUUGGUGGAAAAACGUAGGGCUGUGUAUCCCACUCAAGAUAGGAUCAAGAAGAGACCCGCGAAACAACUUUUCAGAGACCACAAACGUAGUUUGAGGGACACACUUACCCCUGGAACUGUCUUAAUCCUUUUGGCAGGUUCACAUAAGGGCAAAAGGGUCGUUCUGCUCAAGCAGCUCAAGUCAGGGCUUUUGCUUGUUACGGGUCCCUUUGAAAUCAACGCGUGCCCCUUGAGGCGCAUCAGUCAACGUUACGUGAUCGGUACUCAAACUAAGAUUGACAUUAGUGGCUUGAAGCUGCCCAAAAAUAUUAAUGAUGAGUACUUCAGGAGAAUCCGGCAGAAGAGACCAAAAAAAGAGGAAGGGGACAUUUUCAAGGAGAAAAAAGAAGCAUAUAAAGUAAGCGAUCAGAGGAAAGCCGAUCAGAAGGAGGUCGACAAACAAGUUUUUGCCGCCAUUAGGAAACAUACUGACAGCAAAAUACUGUUGGCGUACCUGUCGGCGAUGUGGGGUCUGAGGUCGAGUCAGUAUCCGCAUCGGAUGAAAUUCUAACAACGUGUAAGAGAGCCACAGUUUGUCGAUUUGUUGUAAAUUAAUUCAAUAAAUUGUGGAUUUAU